AUGUCUCUGAGGUCUCUGCCCGAGUGCUGGGGCCACCGAGGAGCUUCUGCCACCUUUCCGGAGAACACCCUAGCGAGCUUCGAGAAGGCCAUCCGCGAUGGCGCAGAGGGCAUUGAGAGCGACGUCCACGUCUCCCUAGAUGACGUUGUUGUCAUGUUCCAUGACCCGUCAUUGAACAGGACGACGAAUGGGUCUGGUUUGAUUAGAGAGCAGAAUUGGUAUGGGCCGGAAGGUAUGGAGCACCUGAGAACCAUGAAGGAGCCGAAGCAGUCCAUCCCGACGUUUGCGGAGACGGUUGAGCUUCUCAUGAGGCCCGAGAACCAUCACGUCAAGUUCAACGUCGACGUGAAGGUGCAGAACAACCCGGCGCGGUUGUUCGCGCUCAUGCACCAGGUCAUCUCGGCUCAGCCGAACUGGGAGACCGACCUCGCGCCGCGCAUCCUGGUCGGUCUGUGGCACACCACCUUCAUUCCCCACGCGAAGACGCAUCUGCCAUACUGCCGUCGCUCGUACAUCGGCGAGAGCGUCGAAAUCGCGCGCAAGUACUUCUGGGACAGCGUCGACGUGUUCUCCGUCAAGUUCGCCGUGUUGGCGACCGCGGACGGCGAGAAGUUCCGGAAGGCGUGCAAGGCAUCUGGGAAGAAGAUCAUGGUGUGGACGGUGAACGAGCCAGUAGAGAUGGUCGAGGCGGUGAGAUGGGGAGUGGACGUCAUUCUGACCGACGUCACGAAGGUGUGGCUCGAUCUGCGGAACGCCCUGCACGUGGAUUACGACAAGAUCGCGGCGCAGUACGGCCGCACGUUCCUCUGGACCUCGUGGAAGUUCUACACGCCCGCCACCAGGCUCAACGCACGUUCCUCGCGCGCGUACAUCGAGUCCUUUGUGGGUCCCUUCCAGCAGGUCCAGGACACCACCCCUGCUGCCCCGCGUGUGUCUGCUUCUGCAUGA